GCUUUCAAAGAGAUGCUGUAUGCUGCUCAGGACCAGGCCCCGUCUAUCGAAGUCACAGAUGAAGAUACUGUCAAGCGGUACUAUGCCAAAUUUGAGGAGAAGUUCUUCCAGAUGUGUGAAAAGGAGUUGGCCAAAAUCAACACCUUCUAUUCUGAGAAGCUGGCAGAGGCUCAGCGGCGAUUUGCCACGCUGCAGAACGAGCUGCAGUCCUCGCUGGAUGCACAGAGGGAGAGCUCAGCCAGUGGGCGGGGCCUGAGGAGGAGGAAGACUGUGUUUGCCUUGUCACAGCAGGAACGAUGCAAGCACAGGAACAUAAAGGACCUGCAGCUGGCCUUCUCAGAGUUCUACCUCAGCCUUAUACUGCUGCAGAACUAUCAGAACCUGAACUUUACGGGCUUCAGGAAGAUCCUGAAGAAACACGAUAAGAUCUUGGAGACGUCGCGGGGAGCCGACUGGCGGGUGGCCCACGUUGAAGUAGCUCCGUUUUACACGUGCAAGAAGAUCACCCAGCUCAUCUCUGAGACCGAGGCGCUGGUCACCACAGAGCUGGAGGGCGGAGACAGGCAGAAGGCCAUGAAGAGGCUGAGGGUCCCUCCGCUCGGAGCUGCACAGCCUGCUCCUGCCUGGACCACCUUCAGAGUCGGCCUUUACUGCGGAGUCUUCCUCGUCUUAUUGGUCGUUGUGGUCAUCACAGUAGCUGUGGGGACAGAUCGUUCUGAUGUUUGGCCUAUGGUCCGAAUCUACAGAGGAGGCUUCCUGUUAAUAGAAUUCCUCUUCCUGUUAGGCAUCAACACUUACGGCUGGAGGCAAGCAGGCGUCAACCAUGUGCUCAUAUUUGAACUGAACCCCAGAAACAACCUGUCCCAUCAGCAUCUGUUUGAGAUUGCAGGUCUGCUGGGGGUGCUGUGGUGCGUAAGCCUGCUGUCCUGUCUCUUCAGCGACAAGAUCCUGGUGCCGAUGCAGGCCAACCCUCUGGCUCUCUAUGGGCUCUUCUUCCUUUUCCUCAUCAACCCCUUCAAGACCUGCUACUACAAGUCACGCUUCUGGCUGCUCAAACUUCUGUUUCGAGUGGUGACGGCUCCGUUUCACCGCGUUGGCUUUGCAGACUUCUGGCUGGCUGACCAGCUCAACUCUCUGGUGGUGGUGCUGAUGGACCUGGAGUACAUGAUCUGUUUCUACAGCUUUGAGCUGGACUGGACCAAACACAACGGGCUCAUCAGCAGAGGUAACGAUGUGUGCAACUCGUACUCGUAUGGCGUUCGGGCGGUGAUCAAGUGUCUUCCUGCGUGGUUCCGAUUCGUCCAGUGUCUGCGCCGUUACCGUGACACCAAGCGGGCCUUCCCUCAUCUGGUUAAUGCUGGCAAAUAUUCCACCACCUUCUUCGCUGUUACCUUCUCCGCCCUCUACAGCACACACAAAGACGCAGGCUCGGAGGCCCAGAUCUUCUUCUAUCUGUAUAUUGGCUGUUUGGCGCUGAGCUCGUGUUACACUCUGGUCUGGGAUCUGAAGAUGGACUGGGGACUGUUUGACCGCAACGCGGGAGAGAACACCUUCCUGAGAGAGGAGAUAGUCUAUCCACACAAGGCCUAUUACUACAGCGCCAUAGUAGAGGACGUGCUGUUACGCUUCGGAUGGAUCUUAACGGUCACCGUCACCACGCUCGUCACGUUUGACGGCAUCUCUGACAUCUUUGCUACAGUCCUGGCCCCGCUGGAGGUCUUUCGGCGCUUUGUGUGGAACUUCUUCCGCUUGGAGAACGAACAUCUGAACAACUGUGGUGAAUUCAGAGCCGUCAGAGACAUCAGCGUGGCUCCGCUCAACGCCGACGACCAGACCCUCCUGGAGCAGAUGAUGGACCAGGAGGAUGGCGUGAGAAACCGACAGGGCAAGAAGAGCUGGAAGAGGAGCUACAGUAUGAGCCUGCGCAGGCCACGCCUGGCCUCGCAGUCCAAGACUCGUGACACCAAGGUUCUGAUAGAGGACACGGAUGAUGACUCCUGACAUCAGGCCACGCCCCUCGCCUGGGUCCAGAAUUUAUUCAAAGGAGGAAACUCCACCUCCUAACUGAGGAUUUACCCAGAGAGUGGGCGUUGAGCUCCCAACCAGGGAUGAGUUUGAAGCUCGUACCUACGUCAUCUUGUUUUUCUCUGCUUGGGUUCAGGACUGCUCGGACGGAUGAACUCUGACCUCUUAAACAAACAACCCAGCUACGUGUCCAACCUGCUGUCAACACUCCCCGAUGGUGGGCUUAUCACUUAAACUCUACUUUACCCAGGCAGCCUCCCAGAGGUGGAUUCUUAAACUACACCCACUCCUCCACCGCUGCUCGGGCUCUUCUCGAAGCCUCAGCAUAGCACGAGUGAAACACCAGUGACAUUUUCCAUUUCCCAGUGCCGUCUCAGUGCCACACCACUCCCAUACAGGGAGAGGCCAACAAUUUAAGCCUGUUGCUGUCCUUUGGCCAUCAGCAUCCCCCGCUCCCAGCAUCCAGGAAACGACUGGGCAGAGGCCUGUAGUAGGUUAUGUAGUAGCUGCAGAAAUUAGGAACCACCCUGUACUUUGCCCCUCGGAAGGAAAACAAAAACACAACGGGUUAAAACGAGUCCUCCGCAGCAGACGGUGCUGAUGGACAUCUGGUAACUGUGGCGUCCCCGUGCUGUUCAGCUUGAUCACUCAGUCAUCACAGAGCUGCCUACCUGCACCUUACAUGCUUUAGAAACAUGCACUUUGUAGGAGCGUGAGAUGGAGGCCCAUCAUGUCUCGACACACGGACGGUGAUUUUAGUGUUUCAUCGUUGGUGGACGUGCAACGCUCAGCCAUUAUUCACUAUAAGGAGACAGAAACGUGGCUUUUUCUUUGUACCUGUUGUUGUAAAUGUACCACGGACCAAAGUUCAGUGUGUGUGGAAAUAUUUAGUGAGUGCCACACAGAAAACACACUGUGUAGUGCUGCCGGCUGUUCGGCUGUGGAGCUAAGAAGGAGUUCUGCUUUUGAAGGAUGAUGAACGACCGUCAUCCUGUCGUAGUUCCCACUCACCCGCCCCGGGGAAUGGUUUGAAUGUACAUCACAUUAUUCGUAUAGGUGUAGAUCUGCCACCUCGUCGGGUUUGAACAAACUUGUGUUGUCCCCUGAAAUCGUGAUUUGAAAACCUGAAGACUGUUUGAGUAGAAACAGUUGGUUUGUGCAACAUGUCGUCUUUGGGCUGGUUCACUGAAAUAUGAGGGUGGAGACGAAGGCAGAGGUCACCUGUCUGUCAUCAGUGUCUGUCUGUCAGCAGGUGGUGUACUGAAACCUGAUUGGCUACGUGUAUGCUAACUUGGGCGUGACUGGGCUGAAGCUUGACAGCAAGAAAUGCCGCUCUGAAACAAAGUGUGUGCAGCACGAAGCUGUGAGUCUUAAGAAGGAACAGUCUUAGUUGUUGCCUUUUUGACCUUCCUGCAGCAGGGGAGCGAUUCCUGGUUUGUGCGCCAUCAUCAACAGGUCGCACACAUCGGUCUGUUUUCACUGCUCGUUUCUGCCUGAUGAUGUUUCUUAGAGACGGGACAACACUGGAGGAAAGGCUUUCCUAAACGUUGCUCGAUGAUCGGUUGCUCUUCACGUUCCAAAAGUCGUCAGCUCCCUUUUGCUUCGUGCUUGGAUGAGAUCGCGUCUGACGACAGCUUCUACAAAGUGUUGCUGUCUGUGUUUUCAUGAGGCGGCGGUUCGUUUUAUGUACUUAGUUUUAAUGUUGUGUGGAUGCAUUUGGAAGUCCUGGCGUGUGAUGGCCUAAGACUUGUGUGCACUUUUUUACUUUUCUCUGCGGAGCCUCGUUGUGAUGUUUCUGUUCUGCUGUAUUUGCCUCCGUACAGACUGAGGCUCUUUCAAUCCUCACAAUGCAUCCAAAUACAUGUUUGCGUCUUAAUGUUUUACAUUUGGGAAGUUCUGAUUUGGAUCCUCAGUUUAUUUCUCAGCUGAAAUAAGAAGCACGUUAGCGUUAGGCUAUCGUCGGAUAACAACAUUCCCAUAGUUUCUGUUUUUUCCUUAUUAUUGAGCUAAAAUAAAGACAAAUAGAUUCCAUAGUAUAUCAAAGUUUGUACGUCUGAUGCUAAUUAUCAUUUAUGAUCACCAUCACACGCUGUCUGAGAUUUGUCCACCACAUUAAACAUGAUUCCACUUCCAGUCACCAGAUUAAAAAACAGAGCGUGCUCCCUGAUUGGUCGGUGAGUGCUUCCUGUUAGCUGUCAUGUUGCUACGUGACUUCCCUGUGAUUGCCAGGGUUGCUCGCAGUUUGCCUGGAAUAUGCUGACUGAGCAGUUUUCUAAUUGCCUCCGAGCUGUGGGAAGUGUGUCCCGUCUGGAAUUGGAGAACUUUUUCCUUCAAAGUAAAAGCUGCGCCUCAACACAUUUAAGGUGCAGCUAUUACUCUGAAGGGGAACGUUGUGUUUCCAGUUGCACUUUUCACAUUAUCAGUUCUGCAGGGGGCGUGGCCAACAGGUGUGUGCAGACACGUCAGCAUCUUCCAUGCAAACUGCAGACUAACAAGCACUACAUACCUGUGACCAGGUUCACCAACCAGCUGCUGGUGACCUGAUGGUCAUCUGACCCGACCGUCAGAUGACCAUCUGACGCGCUGCCACCACAUGGUCACUUUUUAUGAAAUGAAACAGUAAAAAUGAUCUGCAGAGACCAUCGCUGUGCUAGCUGUUAGCUUGUGACAGGAGGUGUAAUGCUUCAGCCCGACUGACUGAUUUUACUGCAUCACUUUUAAAAUGCCUCCGUGUAGCUGACAGUCCAGGAUUGGACCAGGAUAUGAUGCUUCUGUUUCCCAACUACAACAUGGAGCUCUGGCAGGUUUGAGUAUGUAACAGUGUUCAUACUGGCUCUAUAAAUGUGGAGUCAAACCGACCUGACGGUGCGUUUCCCUACAUCCUGUGUCUGCUUUCAGUUUCAGCGAGCGCUCCGGGAGCUCGUCUGCUCAUUCCUCACGCACACAUUCAUGCACUCUAACAUUCCCACAGCGACCCUUUGAAAACCUCGUUUCCUGAUACGUUUCCAAGCAUUUGCCGACUGUAGCUCGAGCUCAGGGUUCAUGUCCGUCACAGACACACUGAGCGUGACAGGGUCGUCCUCGGGUAACCAUCAGAGAGCAGCACAUGUUCGUCCGACACGGUCGCUCCACCCAAAGACGAGUCAGUCCCGUGUUCGUACUGUUACUUUGUAGCUCCUCAGGUUUCACAUUGACACACAGAUUAAAAUACAGUGAAGCCAUCGAUGCAUUGUGAACAGUGUGUUUCACAUUGGCAGGAGAGUGGGAGACGCAAUGUGAUGAAGAUUUUGUACUCAGGAUAUUGUGAGCACACUUGCACCUUAACAUGCUAACUCACGAGCAGCUGCGGAGCCCCCGACUGCACGCAGCCCCCCAUCACCCCGCGUGCCCUUUGCGUCUGUUUGCCUCCUGUUGUGCAUCCAAGUCCAGGACCAAAUAACAUGUUGUGAUGCAGAAAGUCUAAGUUGGGCUUCUUUUCAUGUAUUUACAUUGAAUGCAUCAGUUGCUUCAUGAUUUCAGCUGCAGGCUGACUUGGCUGUAGCUUUAUUUUACACUCCGUUUUUAUACGCCUGUGAGACUUUAAAAAUGUUUGAUGUUAUGACAGACAGGUGACGCCCUCCACCCUGAUGAAGCUGCCCAGCAGUAGAGUGUAGGCCUGGGCCACACUUCACUAUGAUGUUGGGAUUGUCAGAAACGUGCCACCAAAAGCCAAAUCGAAUGUUUGAUCUAGUUUGUGAUUUUUCCCUUUUUUUGUUCACAUAUUUUAAUCCAUGUUGAAAUUUAAAUGUUAAUUUUGGUCAAAAUGUUUUGGAUGACAUUAUACAUUUGAUAUGUUUCACGGUUCAAAUAAAACGUUGUAUAGAGACCUGUGUUAAUAUUUCAUACCUCACCAAGUGGGAGAGUCGAUAGCCUAGAACGGUGGAAUCUGCUGUUUUGGAGAAUGUCUGAACCCUCGGUGAUUUCCCAACAUUUCACACUGGACAGCUGACUCUGAACAACAUGUCAGUAAAAGGAGAUCAAAGGUCAAAGACUUGAGAUUCUGUUGGUUUUCUCCUGGGCAGGAAAAUGAGGUUGUCUACACAAUAUUAGCUGGUCACUCUGUCAGGUAUUUUCCAUCAUCUUGGCCAAGCGCUAUGUUGUGUUAGGUGUGUUCUUUGACCAUAUACUGUACAUAACCGAAGCAUGUAACCUCUACAGUUAGUGAAGCAUCACUUCCCCAUUCACCCAUUUCCUUAUCCUCUUGUCCCACCUGGGGGAGGUCCAUAACUGGGCUAAAGGUCAUUAGCUUAGCAGCCAGAUGGCACAUGGACCGAGGGGUGAUGCACACUCAGACAGUAGUGACUUAUAAGUUACACAGUAAGACAUGCCUGGAUUUAUCUUCCUCCUGGAUUCUAAUGGAGACCGUGAUGAAAAAAUCAAUCUCGUUUUGUAUUCGUCAGUGUGUGAAACUAGCCACUGGGACCAUGAACUCAUCAGGAAAAUGUUUACUGUGGUCACAGAUCGAGCCAACUGGGAGCCCUUUAAAGAUGGAUGUAGCUACAGUGAUGUCACCCUUUGAGCCAGGAGUUUUUCACUUUUCCUGGGCCAUUGGUUUGCAAAAAACCUGAGGCGGGGCUGGGGGGUUCUGAUUGUCAUCAGCCAAUGAUAACACACUUUGAAACGUAGUAUGACCAAGAUUUGCAAACUAAAUUUUUUUUUUUUAUUACAUUUGACCCAAAAGCAGUGGAUGAGAUCAUAAACUGGGUAUGAAGGUGUGUGCAGAGGUGGAGACCGCCACUUUCCCAGCUCUGUGAGGCUUUUUGCAACCACAGCUAUCGCCAUCUGGUGGCCUAAAAUAGAAUGCAAGUUUUUAAGCACUUCUGCUUUAGCUUAAUUUUUCUGACACAGAUGCCAUGCCCAGGUUUUAUCUGUCUACAGUAAUCCCCCUGUGCUGCCAGCGAAGGAUCGAGGUUUGUGUGUUUCAGGGCACACUGUAUGUCAUCUGGACCCAGCAUUAGACCAGCACAGAGGAUUCUGUCAAGAGCAACACUUUCAACAGAAUUGAUUGUGAUUGGCUGCUAAGUUGUAAUACUCCUUGAAUGAAACGCAUGAAGAUUUCUGUAGAGGAAGCAGCACGGCUCGUCACUCCCAGGUGUCUUUUUAGCUGCAGUAACAGGUAAACAGGGUUUUUAUGAAUGAACUUUUGCAAACUCAUUUUCCUGCAGCAGCUCUGAGUUUUCUCUGAGGCAUUUAUUCUUCAAGCAGCGGGAUCUUAUUUUUCUCAAAACCUUUCAACAGUUUGGUAACACUCCAGUCUGCGUGGAACCCUUACUGGCCGGUUCUGUUAGAUCCAUUAUCAUCCUCCAAGAAUCUCCACACCAAUGGGUCCGCAGCAUGGAACAUUGCACAGGACAAAGAUCGAGGGACAUGAUUUGUUUUACACAUUUGAAUGUAUUUUUACACCAAAAACGUGCAUUUUUUGGUGUGAUUGGUUAAAAUGUGGAGUGAUCUGAGACACUAACCUUCUAAAUGUGGCACAUGAAGAAGGUUGGCUCGAACUAUCUUGGAGACCAUAUGGAUGAAAUAAGAUUUACACAGGAAUAAAGCCCUAAUCGGGCUCAUCCCCAACUACCAAAACAAGUGUGGGUUUUUGUUUGUUUUUUUACAACUGUAAACACUUUUAAUUUGCAUUGUGACCCAGAACCAUUUGGUUUUACAUUAUAUAUGGAUGAACAUACUCAUUAGAAGCAUUGUAUAAUCAAAGACUGAUCUGUGAGUGUUGUCUUGUAUGUACAGUAGUAGCGUAAUGCUACAGGGGCACCUGGUUCACCAACUCCUGUUACACGUUUUUCAGUAAAAUGAGCUAAAGCUGUAACUUG